CUGUUCGUUGAAAACACCUGUGACACCAGUAGACCAACCAAGUAGCAAAAUAUCACAUCUGCGAGAACUCUAUUAUUAUUAUUAGUCGGAGUAAAUAACUUCAAGAAUAAACAAGCGCAUGCUGAGGAAAAUAAAAAAAAAAAAUGGCUGUUGUGUUGUAAACCUUAAAGUGCGUCGUGUGCGUAAUACGACAAUAUAUACAGAUACACAUUUGUUUAUUUACAUUAUACAUAAAAGUUCAUUAAUUGAUCGUAUUUUAACUAAAUCGUAGUACCUACAUACAUAUACAAUUAUUUAUAAAAAAAAAAUGGCUCAAGCUAAAGUAGAAACAAUAGAUUUAACUGAGGAUGACAAAACUGAAAGUCAAGGUAACUCAAUGGAGUGCGCAGUAUGCCUUCAAAUAUGUGUCCAUCCGGCAAGAUUGCCAUGCAGCCAUGUAUUUUGUUAUUUGUGCGUCAAAGGCGUUGCUAAUCAAAGCAAAAAAUGUCCCAUGUGUAGACAAGAAAUUCCGCCAGAUUUUGUGGAAAAACCAAAUCUGAUUGAAGUCGAAGAAACAAAACAACCAGCCUCUGUCGUUGAGGAUGAAUACCAGUGGUUUUAUGAAGGACGAAAUGGUUGGUGGAGAUACGAUCCUAGAACAAGCCGAGACCUGGAGAAGUUAUUCCAACUUGGACAUAAUGAGUGUCAACUAUUAAUAUGCGGCGCAGUUUAUUGUAUCGAUUUUCAAAAUUAUUGCCAAUUUCCGAAAUUACAACCAGCACGUAAACGCAAUAUUAAACGUGAUACAAAAAAUGUUCCACACUUAGGCAUUGCUGGUUGGUGGCAAUAUGAUCAGCGUACAAGUCUGGAACUUGAAACAGCUUAUAAGCAAGGCAAACGAACAUACGAAUUAUUAAUCGCGGGUUUUCUUUAUAUUGCUGACUUUGGGUCUAUGUUACAACUGCGUCGUAAUGAUCCAUCACGCCAACGCCGUAUUAAACGUGAUUUAUCAAAUGCACCAAAAAAAGGAAUCGCUGGUUUACGUCUCAAUCAACAUGAUGAAGAACCAGUAUUCCGUGAAAUACGUGGAGCCGAGAGAUCUGCUAGCCCAGCAAGCGAUAUAACCGGAGAUGGAGCAAGUACACCAGUACCACCAAGUAAUACACCGCAGACUCCAGCAGGACACGCCAGUGGUGAUGCAACACCUCUAACCGACAGGACGGACCAACGGGCGGAUUCUUUACAUCAGAUCAUCAUAGUUCCUCCUCCUUGCUGUGAUCGUUCAACUUGCCGUCAUCGCCAAGUCAAGAUAAUCAUUAAAUAUGAGAAUCAUCAAUGCCGUCAUCCAUAUCAUAGGCCAUCAAGGAACUAAGGCGUCAAUUACUUCGAUUAUUACAGCAUUAUUAUUUGGUAUAAUUUAUUUUUUCAUUUUUUACUUUUCCACUAUAAAAAUGAAUGAUUUAAAAAAAUUGGGAAGUUAUUGGUUUCAUCCCAAUUUUCGAAAACUAAGUUCUCAUCAGAUCUUCAUAUUUUGAAAUCAAAAAAGCAGAUCAGUUUAUUUCUAUGAAAAUGUCAUUAUGCAUGUAUGUGUACGCGCGUGCAUGUGUGAGGCGUACACUUUUGGAUUAUCCAAAAGUUGUGGAAAAUUUUCGAAAUAAGUGUUUUCUUUUUGCUUAAGUUCAGAUUUUCUUGUCAGAUCAUUUUAACUAUUUUUUAAGGCCGAAGUUUGAAAAACUUAAAAUCAUGGAAAUAAAGUCGAAAAAAUUCUUUUGAGC